AUGGCGUCGCCUAUGCCUGCAGCGCCCAUGGGUAAUUGGGGAGGUAACGGCCAAGCGAGGCCACCACCGCCGCCUGCUGGCUCAGCAGAGACCGAAGAGAAUGGGGUUCAGGUCAAGACGAUGGGCCUCAAAGUCACAUACGCGUUCGCCGACAGCGGCGAGAGCUUCCUGGCGCGACACCCCGACUUACUCACCGUCCAAACUGUACCAAUCGACGAGAAAACCACUGUCGGUAUGGUUGACUUGAAAUUGUGUGCCCAGGCCGUUGUUAAGUGCAGCCCUGAGCUGCUCAGCGACGCCACCCGCGACUUUGCCGUCUACGCAUACGACUACUCGGAACCCGACGAGCCAUUAGUCGGACAGGGUUUCCUAGGAUGGAUUAUCAACAACACAGAUGGCAAAAGGAUCAUCGGUCGCACCACCAGAAAUCCCCUCUCGGUCUUUAGCGGUGGCGUGAAGGAGAUCUUGGAGAUCAAGCUGAAGUUGAAGCCUGUAGCCGCCAUGAUGCAACCGAAAUAUGAAGCCGAACCCAGACCAGACCAUCGACACUCAUAUCAGCGCUCUGAAAGCCACACGAGCAUCGAACUACAACCCACGAGGCCCAACGAUGGUGCACUCACGCCGACGAGCCACGCCGAGUGGAACGCCUUGAUGCAGUCGAAUCCGCAGAUGGGCAACCAGCACCAACCCCAACGGGUUGCAUCUCCUCACCACCCACCCCAGAACCAUAACGAUUUUCAUCAACAACAACAACCACCACCACAGCAACAACAUUUACAGCGAAGCAACUCUUUUGCUUACAAUGGGCUCCCGCCGCAGCAACAACACAAAGCGCAACUUCAACAAAUCCUCCCUCAACCGCCCACGCAAAAUUCUGAAGGGCCUAAUCGGGUGGCCCCUACCCCUGUUGACACAGCAACCGAGACCCAAGUGAACCCACCCUCGAGACCAUCAUCCAGGGCCUCGAACACAUCAAAGAGAGCAUCGAGAGCUACUGGACGACCUCGUGGUCGCCCUCGGAAGCAACCGAGGGCUGAGAGCCAAGGGAACACUUCGGGUUAUGAGGAUGGAACCGAUGGCGACGAUGGCCCCGCUAAGAAGAAGAGGGCCACCAUGACCCAGGUUACAGGCAAUAUCAAUGCCCCGUUUGGUGGCGGCCCUGGGCCUCUCCGCGUCACAGCAAGCACGGCUGGCUCCUUGCGAACCUUGCGACCGGCCGGAGUUCCUCAAGACGCUUCUAUGGGAUCUCACAUGCAAGAUGUGCCUAGAGCCCCAACACCAGUGCCAGAAAGAGGCCCCUCGGUGCCGCAGGCUGGCAAAGCCACGAAGGGGAGCAAGCUGCGCCGGCAGUCGACCUUGAGCCAAGCCGCGACACCUCCCAGUCAACCUCAGUUUUCCGAGCCACCCUUUGCCCUAUCUCCAAGUCAGCAAGAUGGUCGCUCUCCAGACUCGGAGGCCGUGUCUCCCAACUUCUCCGAGGACAGCCCUGCAGCCAUUGGAUCUUCACCGCCUGUUCCUCGUACCACGAGCUUUGUGCGGUCGAGUCCGCCGGCGUCCAGCCCUAUACUCCCUCCCAUGCGAAUGCCAAUGCCCCAGCCUGACUCUGGCUUCAUGAGCGGUGGCGUUGACGACCUUUUCGAUGGCGAUGUUCUGAAGCCACUUCCGAAACCCGUUACUACCGCACCGGCACCGGCACCAGCACGGAGAACGAACCGCAAUAUAACAAAGGAACGGAUGAAUCGAUCGGGUAUCCCUAUCCAAGUCUUUCAGCUGGUGGCACAGCCUUCUAGCGAAGCGGAUAAUGCUUCGAAGGUACCGCAGCAACUUGUUGCCCAUCCGCCUACUUCGGCGCCGUCGACAGAGUCAUCACUGCCUGCUUUACAGCAUAGCGUUAGUGACCCAAACAUGACAGUGACUCCUCAGCAGCCUGCGGGAAAAGAGCCUUCGCCACAACAAGAGGAGCCGGUUGUGGUGAUUAAGCCUGACGUCGAUAUGGACAGUCAAAGCGCUCCCAUUGCUGACGCCCCCCGGUCUGAAGACAGCCUCGACGUGAGACUCGAGCAUCUCGUACAAGCUGUGCAGGGUGAUGCACCUGAUUUAGCGUUGCCAGAGCCUCCGACGGUGGCUCCUAUUGCGGCUGAGGUUUUUGCACUUCCUUCCGCACCGCCUUCUCUUUCUCGGUCUACUUCUUCAGGCUUCUCGCUGGCACUACCCACGGUCCCGGCUAGCGACCCGGUUGGUCCUAUCGCAUUGCCAGCUCUCCCUCUGCCAGACGCCACCUCCUUCUCCGAAGCACCUUGUCCGCCAAGCGAUGCAUUCCAACCCCCAAGGUCGCCGCCGCAAGCUUCCAAGUCGAACAAGAAUUAUGUCAAGAAGCAGGCCAUCAGAGAAAAGCUAUUGCAGGCCAUCGAAAGCGGGCAAACUCCGAUGUACUGUAACAACUGCGGUGCUAUCGAGACUCCUACAUGGCGCAAGAUAUGGUCUCAAGAGCAUGAGGGUGUUCCGGAAUUUGCAGAGUUUUCAGACAAGCCUGGCAGGAUCACCGCCAUCCUGGUUUUGGAGCGAGAUGAUGAUGAAAAGGUCACCAAGCACCAGAUCAUCAAGAAGGGCUUGGCACCAGGUGAGGACAAGUCACAAUGGAAAGAGCACAUGCUCUGCAAUCCUUGCGGCAUUUGGUUGUCUAAAUGGAAGGCACACCGGCCAUCGGAGAAGUGGGAGAAAGACAGAUCUCGUCUUAGUCAACAAAGACGGCCUCGGGGUGCUGGACGAGCUCCUAGGGCACCCAGGGUGAAGAAAUCAGAUUCGGCCAACCCACUGAACCCGACGUCUGAAGCUUAUUUCACGGACCCCAUCGGGCCUGAAGAUCGAGGCAUCUCGCCUAUAGAGGAGAGCAGAUCGCGCGGCAUCUCUCAGGUCAGCAAUAUCAACGAAGCGUCACAGCGAUCGGUCUCCCAGCUGUCAAUGUCUCAACCGCCCGACUGCCAGGGUUCACGGCCGGCUUCGCCUGGGAAUGCCUCCAACCCGGGGUCUACCCACUCUCGGGGAAGCGGUACGGCUAAGAGCCCAAUUACUCUUGACAAUACCGACGUGCAAGACAUGGGUGGUACCCGACGGCUGCUAUUCCCUUCGCCUCGAAAGGAAGGCGUUGCCAAGGUCUUGGGCGAGGUUGCCGUUAACAUCGUACAGACCGCGCCAGAACUGGACGCAUCGGCUCAAGUUGCCCAAAACAAAGACUUGGCCGACAAGAGCUCUAGCAAAGACGAGGCGCGCAAGGAAAUAGGGUCCAAUAAGGAGAACCUCGCUAUUCCUGACGAUGAUCUCGAAGACCUUUUCAGAAGUCCCAUUGCCCGUCCAUCGACGCCGCCUCCUCGGGAAAGGCCUGCUAAUAAUGGACCUUUCAAGACUCCUACUCGACCGACCCCUAGCCACCGACCUAUCACUAGAAGCGUCACUAGGAGUGUCUCGCGGUCGUUGAGGUCGGGCGACUUGCUUCGAUCUCCCAUGGCUACGCGACGCACACCUAUGCGGACUCCGCGGUCAGCUAAGGGCCAGAUUCGGAGGAGCCCCCGCCUGCACCAUGAAGAGUUUUCUCAGAUGGAACUAGCCUUGGAAGAAUACCUUCAAACUCAGCCUGUCGACCAUCAGUAUGAUUCCGAUAUGCUAGAGGCUAUGAACCGAGCAUUGGCGGAGUCUAUGAACGCCCCUGGUUCCAGUUUUGACAUCACCAGCAUGAUGCUGGACUCAGACUGUCAGCUCGAAUUCGGCGACCUGUUGGAUUCGCCAUCCAAGCCGACGCCACGACAUGCCCGGCAAACGAAUGAUUACGAGGACUGGGAGACGUGGGAAAAGAACAUGCGUGAGCGUCAGGCGGCAGAUGAUGCUUGA